AUGACUCCUUUUCUGCACGACAAUUUCCCCACGGAAGUGGCUCGAUCUACUCGAGCGGGCAAGAAGCGAAAACGUCCCACGCACGCAUCUGCCCAUCAUCCGCUGUUUGACCCCACCCCGCUAGAGAGCUUAACGGUACAGGGCAUGAGCUCGGAUCAGAUUUGGACGCAGUUGGAACUCAGAGGUGUCAAGUUGGAGAAGCUAAUCAAGGGGAUCGUAAGCGUCGAGGGUGGAGAGGUGGAGGAAGAAGAGGAGGAGGAAGAGGAAGAGAAACCAGCUGGUAAACCCUUCAAGAGGAGUGCAAACCGGACGGAAGAAGAGGAUGAGGAUGAUGAAGGGGAAAGCGCAGCCGGAGGCAGAAAGAUUGUCCACUCCCUCGACGAACUUUCCGAUGCGGAGCUACGAGCUCUGGGAGUUGAUCCGUCCAUGCGCUCCGAGCUCCAGUCCUACGCCUCUCAUUCUGAUUCCGAGUCCGACAAAUCUUCCGACUCGGGCGAAGGCUACGCUGGCGCGUCGGAUCUCUCCGAUCUCGAAGAGUCGCGCGACAUCUCUUACGAGCCAUUGUUGGACGAGCGAGAACAGCAGAAACGAAAAGAAGCGCUGAUCAUGGCCGAGUAUGCACGAACAAGAGCGCAGAAAAAGGCCCUGAAAGAGGCCGGCAUGCAUGUUGAGGAUGACAGCGAGAGCGAUGAGGAGGGGGAGGAGGAUGAGACGGAUGAAGAGGAUGAGAACAUCGAUCCGGAGCUCAGACAGAUGCUGCUCGCCAAUCGGAGAGCUGCGGAAGAGGAAGACGAGGAGGAGGAAAGGGAAAGCGAAGAGGAAGAAGAUGCGAAGGCGAAAGAGGAAAGGCGCAGAGCCAGCAUUCUGGACAAUCUCGACGAGCCCGGAAGCUCCGUCUCGAACGGCAGACCUCGCAAAUCCUUCCCAACGCUCGAUGACGAGUUCUUCUCCUACGCCGAAUUUGAGAAGCAGCUGGACGAGGCUGAGAGGCGCGAAGCACGGCCUGAGAUGAGCGCAAGUCGCCUCAAGAAGGGCAAGGAUAUGGAUGAGGAGGAAGAUUCCGCGUCUUCGGAGGAUGACGAGGAUGUUGAUCUGUUCAAAGAUCCCGGCGGAUUUGGAGGGGGCGCAAUAUUGGAGGAGAUGGAUGUGGACGACGAGGGAGAUGCGCGAGGUCAAGACGCUUCGGACAUUCGGUAUGCCGAUUUUUUCAAACCUCCACCUUACGCCAAACGAAUAUCCAAGUCUGGGGGAGUUGGAGUCAAGGGAAAGCUGAAAGGCACAGCACAAGAGGAGGGCAAAGGCGCCGCCGCUAGCACCUUCGAGAGUGCAGGAUCUGAUCAGCAAGACGCGGAGAACAGAGAUCCGAAAGAGACGCUCGCAGACUUAAAUUCUGGAGCCAAGACCAAAAAGGGACCUUCGGUCAGGUUCGCGCAGCAGGUGGCAGUCAGGAGGAUCAAGAGCAGAAAGAUGAAAGAAGCUGUUUCGCCCGAGCUGCUCAGGAUGCUCAUGGAGGGCGGACUGGACAAGGAGGAGGCGCAGAACGCUUCGGGAGAGAUGGAUGGCGCAGCACAGGACGAGGCUGAGGAGGAGGAUGGCGAAGAUGACGGUGAGGACGAGGAAGAAGGCGACAGCGAGGAUGCAGAUGAAGAGGAUGAUGAGGACGAUGAGGAUGACGAUGGUGACGAAGAGGGGAUGGAUAUGGAUGAUGAUGGCGAAGGUCAAGACUCGGGUGACGAGGAUCGACAGGACGACCGAGACAUGUCGGUCGACGGCGAUGCUGCCGAUGACGCUGGAGUGCAGACGGCUAGAAGAGUUACUGGCGAUCUUUUUGCGGAUGAGCCCUCAGAAGAGUCCUGUAAGUACCGACUCUGUUUUGCCAUCUCUCCAGCCUCGAAGCAAUCAACUCACGAGCGACGUAUGGCUGCUCUGCAAGAGGAGAUUGACAUGCUUGAGCAAGAGAAUGUCGGCAAGCGAGACUGGACCUUGAUGGGCGAAGCAUCGAGCAAGAAACGUCCAGAGAAUAGUCUGUUGGAGGAGGACUUGGAGUUUGAAAGUGCAGGAAAAGCCAAGCCCAUCAUCACCGAGGAAGUCACUGAGGGUUUGGAAGAUUUGAUCAAGACUAGGAUCCUGGAGAAUAGGUUCGACGAUGUGGUGCGCAAGAGAAACAUUGAGGCUACGCCGUUCUUGCCUAGCAGGCUGCUGGAACUUUCUGACGCCAAGAGCGCAAAGAGCUUGGCUCAGCUGUACGAGGACGAGUAUGCGGCCUCUAGAGGGGAUGGUGAGAGCGGCGCAAGCGCACCUGCGGCGGAUGCAAAGCUGCAGAAGGAGCAUGAAGAGAUCGAGCAGGUGUUCGAUGAGGUUUGUGCCAAGCUGGAUGCACUCAGCAACGCUCACUACACUCCAAAGGCGCCCAAGACGUCUAUCCGGACCAUCGCGAACACUCCGACGAUCAGUAUCGAGAGCGCUUUGCCCUCCACCUCUUCGGCCGGAACGAUGCUGGCACCAGAAGAGAUUUACGCGCGCGCAGCUCAUUCCGCCUCCCUCUCGGGCGAUCGGUCCGAACUGACGCCCGAAGAAGCUCAACGGCUGCACCACAAUUUGCGAUCGGAGAAAAAGGCGCGCAAUAAGCGCAUUGCGGAUCAUCAAAAGGCGCUGCAGAUCAAUGCGGCUGCUAGCGGACGCAGAGUACCCGGCAGCGCACCCGGCGGUAGAGGUAAAAAGGCGGAGAGGCAGGAAAAGGAUACGGCGCUUAGGGGCCUUUUGGGAAAUAAGGGCGUCAGCGUGGUAGGCAAGGGGAAGGAGGCCGGUGCGGGAAAAGAAGGCAACGCAAAGGGCAAGGGCAAGAGGGGCGGUAAUGCUACCCCGCCGUCUAGCGGAGCAACGCUCAAGCUCUGA